AUGUUGUGGUUUUUGCUUUGUUCUCUGGCUACCGUAAUCCUUGGACAAGCCGAAUUCGGACGGGAAGCACCACCACCGAAAGCCAAGAGCGGUUUGUCGAAAAGUGAUUUGGAGUUGCUGCAAAUUGGAAACCCCUUUUCGAUGAGUCAUUUCUACAGUGAAGACGCGAUAACAUCAGCGCAAAAUCCGGCGGUUCCCUGGUACUCGGGCCUUCCCGGGAUGCCUUUCCUGAAGAAACUCCAACAAAAUAACAAACAUCUCGGCUUUCGCGUGAUCCCUGGCGUCGACGGGAGCGUCUAUGUCCCGUCGUACUAUCCAAAUUACACUCCAUUUAUGGGUCAACCCGUGUUGACUCCUGUCUUUCCGCAUGGCAAA